AACACCAAACCACUAACCAUUUUUCAUCCUUCAUACACCUCAUAAAUUUACAAGUAUAAUAGUAACACAACUUAAAUGGAACUGAAAAACUAAACUAUAUACAUUUUAUUUAUCAUUCAUCUUUGCUUCAUUUGGCCAGAAUGUCUAAAGUUUCUUUAAAAUCAAAAACACUCAGACACCGUAGGAGAAAAAUUCCUGAAAAAAAGAUGAUUAUAAAACCAUUUGGCUUUUGUUGUUCAAUUGAUGAUGUUGAUCCAUUAACAAAAUAUGAUAAACUAAAAUCAUAUAAAUCUUCAUUAAUGUCUCUGUAUGCAAUACAUGAAAGUCCAACUUUUAAAUUUCGAACAGAAUUCACUGAUUAUAUGGAUGAAAAUGCUUUAAAAAAGAAAGCCAAGUAUAUAGAUGUUGGAGAUUAUAAACGUAAAAAUUAUAAAAGAAAUAAACAAAGUGUACCAAAUAUGAAAGAUUUAAAAAGAUUAUAUGAAAAAAAAAGACCAUUUAAUAAAUCUAAUGAUUUUGAAGACUUACAUGAUGAAAAAUUAGCAUACUUUCUUCAAGGACCAAUGCAAUGGUAUCUAGAAGAUGAAAUUAAUUCAGCAAAAGAUAUAUUUUGGGAACAAAAAAUAAGGAAAUAUAACGAAGAAAUGGAUAAAAAUACUGAAAUUGGAAAAAAGAAAAUAAUGCUUAUGAUGAAAAAAGAAACAGAUUCAUAUCCUCGAUGGUAUCAAGAUUUUUCUAUUAAUCAAAUAAAAAAUUUAAGAAUGUUACAAUGUAUAAUGCAUAAAGAUUGUGAAGAAAUGGUAACAGGACGUACUCAAAGAACACUUAUAUCAAUUGGAAUUGUAUCUACAUUUUUCACAUUAACAUCAGAUGCUAUUAAGAAAUUGCAAGAAUCUUCUAAUUGCAAUGUAAUCGAAUUUUUAAGAGAAGUUUAUAAAAUAUUAACAGGAAAUUAUUUUGAAGAAGAAGGAUAUAAAAAAUUUUAUGAUUGCAACGAAAGAAUAAUCUUAUCAGCUAUUGCAUUUUUAACUUUACCAGAAACUGUUAUAGAACUACAUAAACGUUUGCCGCCUAUAACAAUACCAAAAUUACAUCCAAAACCUACUGCGCCAGUGGUAUCAAUAAGACAGAAAAUGAAAUCGCCCUAUGAAGAAGAACUUUUUACGCGACCAGAUUGGAGUACUUUUUAUAAUCAUUUACAACUUUGGCAAGAACAAUGUAAAUUAACGCCAUUGCCAAAUGUAAUAUUACCUCCUAAAGAGUGUAUUUUAAAUAUAAAAAAUGUAAUAACCAAUCCUUAUGACAAAGAAAUUAAACAUAAUAAAGUACAAAACAAUCCUGAAAAUAGUCAAUUAAUUCAUGUUAAAAAUAAUUUACCUCCUGUUCACACGAUGAAAAAGGAAAAUAUUUCUAAAACAAAAUCAAAUUUCCAAAAAGAAAAAAAUAUUGUUAAAACUAAUAAAAAAGAAGAUAAAAAAAAGAGUAACAUUAUUCAUGACAUAAAUUCUGUUGAGUUACAUCAAGAUCAAACUCUCAAAAAUGAAUAUUAUAAUGAAAAUAAUGAAGAUGAAAAAUUAAAAAAAAUAAUAAAUUCUUCAAUAAAUACGCAAAAAGUACAAAAUGAUUCACAAAAAUUUGGUGGUCUUAAUGUUCCACCUUUGUAUGAAAAUACAUUAUUUGAUUUUACAAUCAAUGGAAUUUCUGAGAAACCAGGGCCAAUAGAAUAUAAAAUAUGUGGAAUUUUACAACCACCACAACCAAAUAAAAAAUCUUGGCUUGAUGAGAAACAUGCACAUUAUAUAAUAGCUGGUGCUUCUGAUGAACCGCCAACUUGUCCUGUAACAUAUGAAAUGACUGGAAUUGCAAAUGUAGUACCUUCUAAUAGCGAUGAAAGAUUUUUUGCAGUAUUGAAACUUGGAGAUGGACCUAAAAAGAUUUAUCCAAGUGGUAGAAAGAAUUUAUCUCGUCAUUGGCAAGAAUGGUUGCAAAAUGUAGAUGAAGAAUUUCGAAAAGUAGAGAGAGAGGCAAAUAAAAUGAUAAAAAAUAUAGAAGCUAUAACGAAAUUAGUAUUUCCAGGACCAACCUGUGAUAGUUGUUGUUCUUGUAGACAAACUAGAAAAUCGUAUUUUAGAGCAAAAGAAACGAAAGCACCUUAUUUUGUAAUAGAUACUAUAGCUGAAGAUGAUAAUAAAAAUAAAUAUAUUGUAGGAUCAAUGGCAAUGCAUUCUCCUGCACCAACUCCUCCAGAAUCAACUGUAAACUUAUUAGAAGUUAUAGCUUCAGAAGAUGUUCUUAAAACAAGUUUAAUAAUAAAUGGUAUCACAACUGAAACAGGUGAAACACAAUAUUAUAUUACCGGUGCUCAGGAGGAUUUAAUACGCGUACCUGGACGAGUUAUAGAGCCACAUCCACCUAGGCCACCAAGAAAUGUUCCGCCUUGCAUAUGUGCAAUUCAACAAAUGUUUAAUAAAGGUUUGACUUCAACUUUGAGUCAUGAUAACAUACCAUGGACAAAAGAAGAUGGAUUAUGUUUUGGAAAAAAAUUUAGACCCCAAGAAUUUCCUGCAUAUUCUUGUAAGAAAUAUCCCGGUGAUAAAUCAUGUAGAAGAAGUCCAUUUAUUAAUGAAAUAAUUAGAUUACAAAAAAAAGCUGAAAGAAAAAAAAAGCAAGAAACGGAGGUUCCGGGAGAAAAGAAAAUGUAUAGUAUUGCAGAUUUUCAACCAUGUGGGGAUGAACAUGGUAUGAGUAUUUGUGGAGGACCUUGGGGUACUUUGCAUACUUUAACACCAGAAGAAUUAGCAGAACAAGAAAAAUUACGAAAAGAAAUAUUAAGAAGUCCUCCAUGUGGAACAAAACCUGGUCAAGCAGUUUGUGAAGGUCCUUUUGGAACACGAAUACCAAAACGGGAAAUAGUUAUAGAAGAAGAACUAGCAGGAGAAGAGGAAGAAGUUGAAGAAGAAGAAGAAGCAAUAAAGGAGGCACCACCUCCUGUAAAAAAAGAAAAAGAAAGGAAACGUGACGAGAAGUGUUAUAUGAGUCCGCAAUCCAUAGAAAUUAGAAAAAAAGAAAAGGUUGUGGAAAAAAAAGUUGAAAAAUUUAUUCCUGAUCCCACCUAUCAUGGUUAUGAUGACCCAUGGAAUAUAUUUCGUACAGCACCAACAGAAAAAGAAUCUGAAACUGAUUUUAAAACGUUAUUAAAGCUUAGUUCUCCAAAACCACCAGCAACGCCCGUACAAUCUAAAAUAUUAAAUGAAACUGAAAAAGCUACAUCAGAGAAAAAUCCUAAAUCGGAUACUAAAAAAGAAAAUUUAAAAGAGAUAAAAAAAAUUUUUUUAAAAGGCAAAAAAGAAAAAAUUCCUUCUGAAAGUAUAUCUCAAAUUGAGGAAAAACGUGAUCGAGAAAAAUUUAAAAGCGAAAAAGUAAGUAAAUCUCAAAGUUUGAAAAAAGAAAAAAUUUCGAAAACUAUAUCUCAAAUUGACGAAAAACAUGAUCGAGAAAAAUUUAAAAGUGAAAAAAUAAAUAAAUCUCAAAGUUCGAAAAAAGAAAAAAUUUCUAUAUCUCAAAUUACGGGAAAACAAAGUCGAGAAAAAUAUAAAAGCGAAGAAAAAAGUGAAACAUUUGAUAAAAAAUUAAUUUCAAGCGUGAAAACUAAAAAAAUGAAUGAUAAAGUAUUACAAAUUGAUAUGAAAAAGAUUAAAACAAAAAAUCAAAUUCCUUCAAAAUCAAAUAAUGAGCGCGAAAAAGUGAAUAAUAAAAAUAAAAAUCUUUCAUCUUUGAAAUAUUUAGAGAAACAAAACGAAAAAUCAAAUCCUAAAAAACCUAUAUCUGAUAAAGAAAGAUCUUUAACACAUGAUGAUCAAUUUCAACAAAAAAUACAUAAUGCAACAAAUUAUAAACAAGAUAAAAAAAAGAAAAAUACAAAGAAAUCAAAUCAUAAGCCAAUUUUAGCAAAUAAAAACAAGCAAAUAAGGAAGAAAAAAUCAAAUAAACAAUCAAAUUUAAAAUCGAUAAGACGAGAUAAAAAGAAAGAUAUAUAUAUUGAUCAAGAUAUAGAUCCUGAAACAGCUUAUAAAAAUAAGAUAUAUGAAUUGAAAAAUAUGUUAAAAUCUUCUGAACUGUAUCCUUAUGAUGUUAAACCAGUGGAUAUCCCAGAAGAACCUCCAGCAAAAUGUCAAUUAGAAUACGACUAUGAUAUAGAACCUGAAAUUGAUACACAAGAUGAAGCAGAUGCAGAUAUAUUAAAAUUACCAAGUAAAGGUCCCUGUGGAUGGAGGACAAAAUCAGAACAAAAAUUACCAACUAAAAAAACUUUAGUAUACCUCAGUGAACCAGACUAUCCUCCAGAAACAUUACCAGUAAGACCAGGAGGAAAACCAUGUAUUUGUCGAGAAAAUAGAGCGAAAAAAAAAAUAUUAUUAUAUAAUAUUGGAGGAAAUAUAGGUGGAAAAAAAGAUGACGAAGAAAAAAAAUUAUUAAAAAAAAAAAAAGAAGUAGAAGAUAAAAAAAUGCAAGUUAUAGAUGGUGUCAUUUAUUAUACCCCACCACCGAGUCCCCGUAGAAGUGACGAAUAUGUACCUGAAUAUGAUCUUUAUGAUUCUCCUUAUGAUAUGUGUUUUUCUCAACGUAAAGAUCAAAAUCUAAAAUUUUUCGAAAAAUAUAGUACACCCAAAAUAUCAGAAGUUUCAAAAAAUAAAGAAUCUUGUGAUUGUAGUCGAUAUAUAGAUACAUAUGGUAUUCAAGCCACAGAAGAAGAUGAGGAAAAAAUUCAAUUGAUGAAAGAACUUGACAAAACUAGAGAAACAUUAAUAAAUGAAAAAUCACCAAAAGAACGUUGGAAUCUGGCACUUAAAGAUAUAAGUUUGUCUGAAUAUUUUACACGAUGUAAAGAUAAUUUACCUUGUUGGCUUAAAUGUAUCAAAUUUAAUAAAGUGGGUUGUCCUAUAUCGCAUCGUAAACUUAAAACAAAACGACCAGUUUGUGAAUGUAAAUAUGAAAGAAAAAUACUUGAACAUAGGGAACAAAAAUUAAAAUGGAAGGAGCGUCAAAAACGAUUAAAAACUUUGAAAAAACAACCUUAUAUAAAUGUCGCAGAUAUUUCAAAACCAUUAGUGCCAAAUACAAAAUUAAUGAUAUCAGACGUAAAAAGAAUUCCAAGAGAGGAUGAAUAUGUUGACGAUAUUAAAUAUUGUAUAACUGGCGUUGCCGAAAACUAUUCUUAUUUACCACCUAAGCAAGUAGUAGGUGGUAUUCAUAUGGCUACUCCUAUUCAAACACCUGAACCAAGCGAACAUGAAAUACCAUGUGUUUGUUUACAUCGUCAUUGGUCUCCUACAAAUAUUCCGCCUGGACCAUUGCCAAAACCUGAAGAAAUUUUACUUGCUGAAAAAAGAAAGAGACAAGAAGCCGUAAAAGAAGCAUUUAGAGAAAUUUAUGCUCCUCAGCCAGUUUAUCAUACACAUGAUGAGCAUAGCUGCAAAGAUACAUGUGGUCAAAAUUUUAAUAUAGAAAAUGAUGAAAAUAUUAGAGAAAAUGAAUCAAAACUUAAGCACGAUGAUAAUCCCAAUAUAACUUCCUUACAAAAACCUAUUGAUGCUAAAAGCAAAUUAACAAAUAUUUCUCAACAUACUAAGCAUCAUGUUAAAUCAAAUAUUGACUAUAGUCAGGAUAAAACAGAGAUUAAAAAUAUGUCAAUAAAAAAAUCCUCUGAAAUUAAAACAAAAAGCUCAUACAAGAAAAAUAAAAAUACAAAUAUAAUACAACAAAAAGAUUUCGGAAGUAAAAUAAUUUCAGAUAAUAAAGAUAUUAAAACUGAUAAAAUUGAACAAAAACGUUUAAACAUUUCUCAAAAAUUACAAAAUAAUCCUACCGAAUCAAAUAUAGAAAAUGUAGGUAUAUCGGAUAAAGAAAAUGAAGAAGAUUUUGAUGACUCCAAAAAUUAUUUAAUGGCCAUAGUGAAGAUUGAAUUAAAAAAAAUGGCAGCAGAAGGAUUUUUAUUUGCAAAACUACCAAAAAGUUUUUUAAUGCCACAGUUGCGAUAUUGGCUAAUGUAUAGAAAAGGAAUAGUUAUUACUGAUAAAGAAAAGAAGAAAUUAUUACGUAAGAGUAUUAACUUAUGGAACAAGUUAGAUACAAUAACUAGUAAAUCUGAAGUUCGAACUCCAUUAUUAAAAAUGACAAAACUUCAACUUAAGAAUUUAACUUUCGAUGAUGCACAAGAAAUAAAAAAAAAGAUUGCAAUGAAAAAAGCUAUGUUUUAUAGUCAAGUUCGUAAAGAACGCGUUUUGUAUGGACGAUCAAUGUGGAAUUCAAUGGAAUAUGGAAAAUUUCCUUCGAUAUCAUUUAAGCAAGCAUAUUUCACUUAUAUGGCUAGUAAAGAAGCUGAUGGUCAUGUUUUUAAACCAUGGAUGCCUUCCGAAAUACGCGAUAUGAACUAAAAAUAUAUGUCACGUAUAAGAAUUCGA